CUAAUUAAAAGUUUUCAAAGAUUAAAUAUCAAAAUGAAAUUUGACUUGAAGUUUGAUGAAAUGUGAAGCCAAAACAGAAGCAAAGUAAAGAGGAAGGAAAUUGACAGCAUGAGGUUAUUUUUGUUAAAUAGCAAGGACGAAAAAUGUUUGAUUCCCGACCUCUCAAUCCCUUCAAACCUCCUCUCUCCUACCCCAGAUUUUCUCUCUCCACACAAACACAAAACCGCCCUUGCCUCUCUCUUCUGAUUUCAUCUCCUUGAAAUCGUUUCCUAGUUCCAGAGAGGAAUGGCUCAAAGAACCGAAAAAGAAGAGACCGAGUUCAAGGUACCUGAAACCUUGACGCUAUGCAUCAACAACUGUGGGGUUACGGGGAAUCCAGCCACCAACAACAUGUGUCAGAAAUGUUUUAAUGCAACAAGGGCCUCAUCCUCGACAAUCUCCUCUCCUUCCGUCACCGGUGGUGCUAGUUCUGGUGGAGCCUCAAUUCUUAAAUUCUCCGACGACCAAUCCUCGAGAUCUACCCCGUCUCGGUCACAGGAGAACCGACCCUGUUCUGCUUCGCCAACAACAGCUGCAACAACAACGGAUAGUCGGAUCACCGCAUCAAAUCGAUCAGGGAAUGAUCCCGUUGUGGCUGCGGAAAAGAAGGUGCUGAAUCGAUGUGCCGGUUGCAGAAAACGCGUGGGGUUGACUGGUUUCCGGUGUCGAUGUGGGGAGCUUUUUUGUGCGGAGCACCGGUACUCGGAUCGGCACGAUUGUGGUUAUGAUUACAAGGCAGCGGGUCGCGAGGCUAUCGCUAGAGAAAAUCCCGUGGUUAAAGCGGCCAAGAUUAUCAGAGUUUGAGUGUAUCAAAUGAUAUUAAAUAUUGGAGCAUUUUUCGACCUGAAACUUGAGCAAGUUGUGGAGAUCCAUGCUCGAUCUCAUCAUCAUCUCUUGGGGAAGAUGAGCGUUUCAUAGAGAGAAAAGAGUCCAUCAAAAUCUUCACGUCAAGAUUGCUGGAGAUGACGAAAUAUUCUCUCUUCUGAUUGCUCAUGUUCGAUCAAAUCUAUAGUAUUCCAUUUUUCAUUUUUACUUUGUUUUUUUUUUUUUUUAAUUAAUUGAGAAAUGAAAGAUUGUUGUGGCCUAUUUAUAAUUCGUGUUACCCUGCCCUCCAGGAUUCAGAUAUUUUAUUUUAGCGUUCCCUUCAGAUGCUUUAUAGAUUGUUUGAUGAAAUUAUUUCGAAUUUUAAAGUUUGAUUAUAUUAAUAAUGGAAUAAUGGUAUGCGUUGUGAAUUCGAUUGGGUGAAAGGAGGUUUUGAUUUUGGGGAAAUUGCAAUAUGCAAUGCAACUGGAAACUUAGGUAGGAAGGAGUAAAAUAUAAUUACAAAUAAACACAAAAUAGAGAGAUUUUAUAGGGUUAGUGGCGCAAAAAAACGGUUGAUCUUGCAUUUUCCAU